AUGGCGGUCGAUGAAAUCCCGCCGCAGCACCAAGUGUUCAUCAACUACAGAGGAGACGAGCUACGCAAAAGCUUCCUCGGAUUUCUCGUGAAAGCAAUGAGAGACGCGAAGAUCAACGUUUUCACAGACGAGAUCGAAGUCAAAGGUACAGAUCUACAUAAUCUUUUCAUGAGAAUCGAGGAAUCGAGAGUCGCUGUUGCGAUUUUAUCCGACAGAUACACCGAAUCGAGCUGGUGUUUGGAUGAAUUAGCGAAAAUGAAAGAGAGGAUUGACCAAGAAAAGCUCGUUGUUAUUCCAAUCUUCUAUAGAUUGGAUGCUACAAACUGUAAAAGACUUGUUGGAGCUUUCGGCGAUAAUUUCAGGGAUCUAGAGAGAGUUCAUCGGAGUGAGCCUGAGAGAAUCCAGAAAUGGAAAGAUGCUUUGAUCUCUAUUCCUCAAAAAAUUGGCUUCACUAUGGCAGGACACAGGGAUGAGUCUGAAUUGGUUGAUUCAAUCGUUAAGGAGGUGACGAAAGUGCUUAUCGAUAUUUCAAGCAAAGAAAGAGAUAAUAUUUCUAAGGAUUCCACCAACACAGAAGGUCAAUCCACAAAACACCAAACCCAAAACAACAACAUUUCGUCGUUUGAGCCUCUAAUGGUCGAGCUAGACCGACUACCACAACGCCGUCCUCAAGUGUUUGUCAGUUUCUGCAAAGACGAGCUUGGCGACACUUUUGUCAGCCAUCUCGUGUGGGCUUUGAGAGACUCAGGGAUCAAUGUAUUCACAGAAAGCUACAAGCUUAGAGGUAGGGAAGAACAACAAGAAGUAUUCACAAAUAUAGAGAUGUUGAAUAUCGCGCUAAUCAUCUUCUCAAAGAGGUACUCUGUGUCAGAUUUGUGUUUGAACGAGCUAGUGAAAAUGGACAAGCUUGCAAAAGAAGGAAAACUCGUGGUCAUUCCCGUCUUCUACAAUGUUAACAAGAACGAAGUUAGAAGACUCGAGGGAGAUUUUGGAAUACAUUUUGCAGAUACAAAGGAGAGAUUUGCAAUGGAGCCACUUAUGAUUCGAAGUUGGGAAGAGUCUUUGAAGUCUAUUAUUACAGGGAGGAUUGGCUUGAGCUUGGAAACACACAUAAACGAAUUUGCUUUUGUUGCUGCCAUUGUUAGAGGUGUUACAAGACUGGUACCAAAUUCAAAAAGACGAAGAAAACUUGGGAUUGGAGAAGUGUUUUUCAGGGCUUUAACUGCAACUUUUCUCUUUGCACUCUUCAUAUAUCCUAUGCCUAUGCCUGAUGUAAAUUUUUACAAAAUUGGUAAAGAGAAAAUGGCUAGGUCUGGGGUUGACGAGACAUCAGAAUCUGGAGCUUUCGUAAGAACAGCAUCAACAUUUCGUAACUUUGUUUCACAAGAUCCUGAUUCUCUGUUUCCAGCUGAAUCAGGAAGAUACCAUCUUUACAUAUCUUAUGCUUGUCCAUGGGCUUGUAGAUGUCUCUCUUACUUAAACAUCAAAGGUCUUGAAGAAGCAAUCAGCUUCUCGUCGGUUCACACGAUUUGGGGACGAACCAAAGAAACUGAUGACCAUAGAGGAUGGAUUUUCCCGGAUUCAGAUACUGAACUUCCUGGAGCUGAGCCUGAUUAUCUUAAUGGUGCAAAGAGUGUUAGAGAACUCUACGAGACUGCUAGUCCGAACUAUGCGGGGAAGUACACUGUUCCUAUUCUAUGGGAUAAGAAGCUUAAGACUGUGGUUAACAAUGAGAGCUCAGAGAUAAUCCGGAUGCUCAACACCGAGUUCAAUGGUUUUGCGAAAAACCAGUCUCUUGACCUUUAUCCUUCCCAUCUCCGAGAUACGAUCGAUGAGACUAAUGAAUGGGUUUUCAAUGGGAUAAACAAUGGUGUUUAUAAAUGUGGAUUUGCUAGAAAACAAGAACCAUACAAUGAGGCAGUGAACCAAUUGUAUGAAGCAGUAGAUAGAUGCGAGGAAAUACUCGGAAAACAGCGCUACAUUUGCGGAAACACUUUCACCGAAGCAGAUAUUCGAUUAUUCGUUACUCUCAUAAGAUUUGAUGAGGUUUACGCGGUUCACUUCAAAUGUAACAAGAAACUCUUAAGAGAGUAUCCGAAUAUCUUCAACUACAUAAAAGACAUCUACCAAAUACAGAGCAUGAGUAGCACUGUGAACAUGGAGCACAUUAAGCAACAUUACUACGGAAGCCAUCCUACGUUAAAUCCGUUCGGGAUCAUUCCUCACGGGCCGAACAUCGACUACUCUUCGCCUCACGACCGCGACAGAUUCAACUCAUGA